AUGCCGUACUACGGAAUCCGGAAGCACAGCCGCUGUCACCCUAAACAAUCAACAUGGGUUGACGCUGGAGAAUGUCAUCAAGAGGCGUAGUCCUCCGUUUGCAAGUCUAGAGGAAGAAACUGGAUUAAACUGACUAUCGGAGGCUUAAUCUGCAUUUAAACACGUUGAUUUCAAGUCAGCCAUGGAUCGGGAGGAAGAGGAAGAGGCGCUGACCGUCAACGCGCCUAAGGAGGUGGACGUGUUUACAUCGGUGCGCUGCCUGGGCUACCUCUCCAGUGUCAACCUCCUCGUGGCGGUGUGCGUCGGCAUGUAUGUGCGAUGGGACGUGACGAGCGAACCGAUGAUCCUUGUCAUCUUCAUCCUGGGCCUCUUUGUUCUGGGAAUUGCCAGCAUCCUCCAUUACUACUUUGGUAUGGAGAAAGCCAGCCAGAGCUUGUUCCAUUUGUGGUUUGGCUUCCUGCUCGGCCUCCUGUGCUUCCUCAACAGCCGCGCCUUGGAUUCAAAUGUCAAAGAACUGGUCGCCAAUUAUCUCCUCCUAGCCAGUGUGAUCAUGAAAGCAGUGUGGGCUGUAACUGAGCGAAUAUGCAGCUCCAUCUAUUACAAGCCCACCUUGCUCACGUCAGCUGAGUUGCUGGAGCUCCUGGGAUUUGGCAUUGCCAGCACUACCAUGCUCCUUCACAAGUCAGUGGCCAUAAUAGGCUUGGUAGUGGCUCUGGGGGCUCUCAUUGUGGACUUGAGGAUGAAAUCCCUCCUAGCUUUGCCAAACCUCAUCAGUUUUGCCUUGGUCACGUCUCUCGUGUUUUUCCAGGCCUUGGGCAUCACAGCCAACCCUUAUGCUUUAGGCUGCUACCUAGGCAGGCUGCUCUGUGAGCCUGUGUUGGAUGUUUACUUCAGUGGGCUGGGGCCCAGUGAGCGCUGGAUGCCAGUGCUGUCUCUGGGGAAGGUGUGGAGGAGACUGUCCCUGUUUCCUCUCAGUCUGACUGAGCUGGCCUUCUUUGUCCUGGCUGCCUUAAAGCUUAGCCACUUGGAGCUGUGGUAUCUGGUGAUCCCAGGCUUCUGUCUGUUUGGCCUUUUCUGGUCUAUCUGCCACAUCAUUUUGCUGAUCACAAUUUGGGGCUUCCACACCAAGCUGAGUGAGUGUCAGAAGGCCUGGCGAGCCCAACGGUCUAGCAGCCGGAGCCUGGACCAGGUCAUGGCCUCCAGGGGCAUCCGACACUUCUGCCUCAUUUCAGAGCGCCUGGUGUUCUUCAGUCUGCUCUCAACAGUCAUACUGGCAGCUGUGUCCUGGCAGCAAUCCAACGGUCUCUUUCUCAGCGCUCUGAUGGUGGUGCUGCCUUUGGAGUCUCUGGCCCACAGCCUGUUCCACGAGCUGGGCAGCUGCCUAGGGGGGACCUGUGUUGGCUACGCCUUGGUCAUACCAACCUCCUACUGCAGCGCCGGUGGCCAGCCCACUCUCUUACCGCCUGAGCUGGUGCAGCAGUUGAAUCUGCGCUCCACAGGUAUGCUGAACAACAUGCAGCGCCUCUUCUCCCACCACAUGAUCCAGACGUUCGGCUGCGACUACUCCACCAGCGGCGUCACCCUGGAGGCUGUACUCACCAAGCUGCGCAACUUUCUGGAGCUUCGUACAGCAGACGGGCCGCGUCACGACACCUAUCUGAUUUUCUACAGCGGGCACACACAGAAGGGCUCUGGGGCCUGGGCUCUGGCUGGAGGCGAGUAUCUUCACCUGGCCCAGCUGCUGGAGCUGUGGAAAGAGAAGAACGCCGGCCACUGUUCCCGUCUCAUCCUCGUCCUGGACACCGAGAACUCCCUGCCCUGGGUCAAAGACAUCCGCAGGGUGGAGGGCGUCUACGUAGCCGUGCAGGGGGCUGAGCUGUCGGCCAUCAGGGUGGACCCCGAGGCUGGAGACACCCCCUUGCUCGGGGACUUCACCUCUGAAUGGGUGGAGUUUAACUGCAACCCAGCCAGUGACACCCAGUGGUCCGAAAAGGGGAGGACUGUGACGGCCGCCUAUGGCGUGUCCAAACGCUGGAGCGACUACACACUUCACCUGCCCACCGGAAGCGACAUAGCCAAGCACUGGAAGACCCACUUCCCCAAGGCUACUUAUCCCAUGGUGCACCUGUCCAACUGGUGCUGCGGCCUCAACUUGUUCUGGUUCUGUAGCAUGUGUCUGCGCUGCUUCAGGAGGUGUAAACUCGCUUGGUUCCCACCAGCUGUGUUGGACACUGGCCAGGGCAUUAAACUGGUGCACUCAUAGACAACAUGGAAAGUUAUUAUGUAGGUUCUGACUCUAGUUUGUGUUCUAACUGCUAGAGUUUGUUAGGUACGAGGUGUUUACAUUAAGUAUAGCUGUACUUCUAUACCCACAUAUGCUGUAUAUACAUGAGGGAUGACCAGAGUGUCAUGUUGUCUCCUGACUCGUGACUGUUACUGCAAACACAAACAAUUUCGGAAGUUUCUGAUCGCCCCUGUAUACACACAGAAUGAAGCAAAUGUGGCCUUCAGUCAACAAGAGUUCCUUAAAUUUAGGUUUGCAUGUUGUUUAAAUGCUACGAUGCAAGACGUUGUGCUGACUAGAUCAUAGUGAAACACUAGCUUAACACUUAAUUUGUUAACCCAGAAUAAAAUUGAAUGAUUGAAGCAAAUUCAACAUAAGACAAUAAAGCGCACAUAGGGAAGGGAAAAAAAAAAUCUUUCAUAGGGAAUCUGGGAAAAAUGCGUUAUGUAUUUUUGAGUAUUAUUUUUUUACUUUUUUAUCGUCUCAGACCAAAAAAAUAUAUCAAUGUUGUUUCAUUUUCUUUGGGAAGGUUUUCAGAUUUUUGUGUUGAUUUUUCAGUGUGCCAUCUUAUUUAUGACAUUAGUGCCUUAAAGAUGGAUCAUCUUUAAUGUGGAUUCCUAAUUCUUUGGCUGCACCAACCAUAUACUAUAUAUAUCCUUGCCUUGCCUCUUGUUUAUAUUCAGAGGACUUAGGUGGCAUCCUAAGCUUAGAUCCUUCCAACAGAACAGACAAAACGACUGUUGUGGGGCUGAACUCGGUGGCCUCUCUGGUUAUGGGAAAGUCAAACCACAAGGCCGAGCUGCCACUCUUUGUUGUGGGAUCCUUUGCUUAUCACGCUUAGAGUAUUCAAAUAAGCACAUAUUUCUGCACUGAACAAAGAGAUAUGCAUUGGCUACGAGGCAGCGCACCAUCACCAGACACUGGCCCCGUCUCAUCCUGUUUAUUUACAGAAAUUAAUUUGAGGUGAAAAAGUCAUUUGCUUUACAUAAACACAGCACGGUCAAGUUUUCAAGCAGUUUGUCUUUGCCAUGCAGUGAAACAGUAGCUUGUCACGCACAGCGACAAAUUACAGAAUCUCCCUCUUUUUUUCUUUUUUUUUUUUUUGCACUGAAAUUCAGAACUCAUCUGCUGUUUUGUGUCUUUCUCUUUCACACAUUCCUAAACUCUGGAGUGAAUUUGCUGCCUUUUUAAGAGUUUGUUUCCAAAGAGGUCAAGUUGCAUUAUCGGCUUGUAUAAUUCCAUGUGCCUCGAUUGUCUUAAAAUAUCAGAAUUCAACUUGGAUAAUAAACCGAUAAAACAAUGUGAAAGAAA